CUUUGUAAAUCAGAAGACAAGUCGAGAGAAAUUAAGGAAGCUGUCAGUGCAUCUUCUCAAGGGAACGACAGUGUUAUUUAUUAUCAGAGCACAAAGUGGAAAGAAGCGGACACUAAAACUCCAACUUGGUUGAAUUUAAACUUGUGCAGGUGACCAUGGAUCAAGUGCAAGGAGAGUUGCACAAGCUGUGGGCAUUUGUCAAUUUCACUGUAGCUUGAAACCAGA